CGUCCCACUGCUCGCAAGGGUUUCUGGGAACCGGAGGCCUCGUUGUGAAACGACCGCCCUUUUUGGAGCAAGCCGAGAGUAGAACAGCGUUUCUUGUGUCGUCGGAAAUAUCCCCACAAAACAAGUUUUUGCUGUAAUUUAGCUAAACUUCAGUUUUGGAUCUCCCUGAAGAUGUCGGCGGCGGAGGCUGAGGCGGCUGGUGGUAGUGAGUAUCCAGCUCACUAUAAAGUCAUGUUGGAGAAACUUAAUGAGCAGCGACAGCUCGACCAGUUCACAGAUAUUACCCUGAUAGUUGAUGGACACCAGUUCAGAGCCCAUAAAGCCGUGUUGGCAGCUUGCAGUCAGUUUUUCUACAAAUUCUUUCAGGAUUUCACCCAAGAACCCCUGGUGGAGAUAGAAGGUGUGAGCAACACGGCCUUUAGUCAGCUGAUGGACUUCACUUACACAGCUACUCUAGCUGUUGCCGGGGAGGAUGAAGCUUUUGAUGUGUGGAAAGCUGCUGAAUACCUGCAGAUGCAAGAAGCCAUCAAGGCACUUAACAAAAAGAUUGAUGAAUUUUCCUCACUGGCAGCCAGAAGUACAAGUAAGAAGAGGAAGAUUGCAGAGACUUCUAACGUAAUUACAGAAACCCUGCCAACAGUAGAAGGAGAACAUGUGGAGAUUCAGGUAAUGGGUGAAGGAGCCAUUGAGGUGGAGGAGUCAGGGCUGGAGGAAGUCGUAGACGCUGCAAAAAAUGCUCAGGCAUCGUCAGAUGACUCCGCUUUAGCUCUUCUCGCUGAUAUAACUAGUAAAUACCAGCAAGGAGAACCAACAAUCCAAGUUAUUAAGAGGGAAGAUCUAGAAGAGCAUGAAGUGGUUUAUCAGGAGGAAACGGUGACGGCCUCCAAGGUCCUGGAGAACGUCGAAGUUGUUGAGGUCCAGAUCUCCCAGGCGGACAACAUGUUCCGCUGCAACAAAUGUGAGCGCAGCUUCAAGCUGUACUGCCACCUUAAACAACACAUCAAAAGUCACCUGGGCUCGCUGGAGAGACCGCACGUGUGCAGCCACUGUGGCAAAGCGUACACGAGGGAGGGAGCUCUGAAGCAGCAUAUAAACACCUUUCAUUUUGAAGCAGAGGAGCUGUCUCGAAAUCAGAAGCCCCAAAAGAAGGUCCACGUCUGUGAAUACUGCAAGAAGAACUUUGAUCACUUCGGACACUUUAAGGAGCACCUGAGAAAACACACUGGUGAGAAACCAUACGAGUGUCCAGAUUGUCAUGAGAAAUUUGCGAGGAACAGUACGCUGAAGUGCCAUAUGGCGGCCUGUCAGAACGGGGCCGGAGCCAAAAAGGGACGCAAGAAACUCUACGAAUGCCAGGUGUGCGGCAGUGUGUUCAACAGUUGGGACCAGUUCAAAGACCAUCUAGCGAGUCACACCGGAGACAAGCCCAACCACUGCACCGUCUGUGACAUGUGGUUCACUCACCCCAAGGAGCUGACCGCCCACCUAAAGGACGCUCAUCUGAUAGUGGAGAAGCUACCGGAGCAGCUGGUCAUCACUGACUCCGCCGCCCUCACGAUAGCAACGCAGAACCUCACCGGGGCGGAAACAGUCCUGUUGGACGACGGCAUUCAGGUGGAGCAUGUCACCGUGGAGCCCGUGAACGUCAUGGAAAUGGAGGAAACUGCAACUGUGGUGGUGGAAGACGACGGGGUCGGGGAGAUGUGCGAGGAGGACGUGGAGAGGUUGAAACAGGCUGGGCUGCAGAUCCAAGUGGUACAUGUGACCGCAGCUGACAUCCAGGGGCAGCAGCUGGUGAACUCUCAGGUAGAAGUAAAGAUGGAGGAGAUGGUGAACGUGGAGGAAGCAGAGCAAACAAUGGUCGUAUGAAACAAGAAAUGACCUGGAGGACACUUUUUCUGUUGCUGCAAUAUUGAAUUAUGCUGUAGCAAAUGCCUCAUUUUUCAGAGAUCUGUUUGUUUGUUUUUUAUAUUCUGAAUUAUUGCCAACAUUUUUGGGGAAACAUCUUCAUUAUGUCUUGUUUCAGGCUCCAUUCAUCUCUUUAUUGCUCUGCCUCACUUAAUAUUUAACUUCAAAAACACAUUUAGAUAAAAAGUAGAUCUGGAAUUGAACAAUGCAGCACCUUGGAAUUUGUUUUCUUAAAAUUAUCAUUGUUAUUGUUAAAUAAUAUUUAUUUUCACAAAAGUAUAAAGUGUCUUUAGUGUUAAAGAAUUUCAGCUAUAACAUAAAAAUGGUUUUGGCCUU